AUGGGACUCCUCGACCACGUCAACUCGGCCGUUUCGGGAGCAAAGUCAGCCGUCGGCCACUCCAAGGAGGAUGGACCGCCGCAGGGGGCGUCGGCGGAUGAUACCGAGGAGCUCGAUGAGGAGAGCGGUAACAUCCUGCUGAGCUUGAUUGGCCAGUUGAGGAUUGGGAUGGACUUGAGCAAGGUGACGUUGCCUACCUUUUGUCUCGAGCCCAGGAGUAUGUUGGAGCGCAUCACGGACUUCAUGAGCCAUCCGGACCUCAUCUUUGGCACGGGCAAGCAGGACAACGCAGAGGAGCGCUUCAUUGCAGUCACGCGAUACUACCUCUCUGGCUGGCACAUCAAGCCAAAGGGCGUCAAGAAGCCGUACAACCCCGUCCUCGGCGAGUGGUUCCAAUGCUCGUACAAGUACGGCAACGGGACCGAGGGUUUCUACAUUGCCGAGCAAGUCUCGCACCACCCGCCCAUCUCGGCCUACUACUACGUCUCGCCAGAGAAUGACCUCAUCUUCUACGGCGAGCUGAAGCCCAAGUCAAAGUUCUUGGGCAACUCGGCUGCCACGAUUAUGGGGGGCGAGAAUCGUGUGGCUCUGCUCGACAGACCAGAGGACGGAGAGUACGAGAUCGGGAUGCCCAACAUGUACGCCCGCGGCAUCAUGUUCGGCAAGAUGGUCCUCGAGCUCGGCGACCACUCCAAGAUCACAAACGCCAACAACGACAUGUCGGCCGACGUCGAGUUCAAGACAAAGGGCUAUUUCACGGGAACGUACAACGCUAUUGCCGGUCGCGUGACCCACAGCGGCAAGCACAUCGGCGACAUCUCGGGCAAGUGGUCGGACGAGAUGGACUACAAGGAGGCAAAGGGCGGAGCGAGUCGUGAGCUCUUCAACGCAAAGAAGGCACAGUUUGCGCAAAAGAGCGUCAGGCCCGAGGAGGAGCAGGAAGAGUUCGAGAGCAGAAGGCUGUGGGCGCGAGUCACCGAGGGCAUCAAGGAAAAGAACCUCGACAAGGCGACCGAUGCCAAGUCUGCCAUCGAGGACGCACAGCGCCAGCGAGUCAAGGAGCGAGAAGAAAAGGGAGAGGUGUGGAAGCCGCGCUUCUUCGAACAGGUCGGCGACAAGUUUGUACCCAAGUUGGAGGCCCUCCCCAGCGAUGCAUACAGGCCGGAGAAGGCCGUCAAGUGGUUCGAGAAGAGGAGGGCGUGA